GGACUUAAGAGCAACGUGUAUCACAUGUGGCAAAGUUAACAGGAGGAAGGUUGCUAACUCCAUUCUUUGGUAUGUAGAUUGAUGUUUUUUAUCAACAGAUAACGAGGCUGUGGAGAAAAGAACCAAAGGUGACUGUUGUUAGAGAUGAGGAAUGCAGAGCUCAUCUUCAUCCCAACACCAACUGUUGGUCAUCUUGUUCCGUUUCUUGAAUUUGCUAGGCGUCUCAUUGAGCAGGAUGAUAGAAUCCGUAUCACCUUCCUCUUGAUGAAGCAACAAGGUCAGUCUCAUCUGGAUUCCUAUGUUAAGACAAUUUCCUCGUCUCUGCCGUUUGUUAGAUUUAUUGAUGUCCCUGAGUUAGAGGAGAAACCAACACUUGGUACACAGUCUGUGGAAGCCUAUGUGUACGAUUUUAUUGAAACAAAUGUCCCUCUUGUGCAAAAUAUAAUCAUGGGUAUCCUAUCUUCUCCUGCAUUUGAUGGAGUUACGGUCAAGGGAUUCGUUGCUGAUUUUUUCUGUCUCCCGAUGAUUGAUGUUGCAAAAGAUGCAAGUCUUCCUUUUUAUGUGUUCUUGACUUCAAAUUCCGGAUUCCUAGCUAUGAUGCAGUAUCUGGCAUAUGGACAUAAGAAAGAUACCUCAGUUUUUGCAAGAAACUCUGAAGAAAUGUUGUCAAUUCCUGGAUUUGUAAACCCUGUCCCAGCCAAAGUACUGCCGUCAGCUCUGUUUAUUGAGGAUGGUUAUGAUGCUGACGUUAAACUGGCUAUAUUGUUUACAAAGGCUAAUGGAAUCCUAGUGAAUACCUCCUUUGAUAUUGAGCCUACCUCUCUGAAUCAUUUUCUUGGAGAAGAGAAUUACCCUUCUGUUUAUGCUGUUGGCCCCAUAUUUAACCCGAAGGCCCAUCCUCAUCCAGAUCAAGACCUCGCCUGUUGUGACGAGUCGAUGAAAUGGCUUGAUGCUCAACCCGAGGCAUCAGUUGUAUUCCUUUGUUUUGGGAGUAUGGGUAGCUUAAGAGGUCCUCUAGUGAAGGAAAUAGCACAUGGACUUGAGCUAUGUCAGUAUAGAUUCCUCUGGUCACUCCGCACAGAAGAAGUGACAAAUGAUGAUCUUUUGCCAGAGGGAUUCAUGGACCGUGUCAGUGGACGGGGAAUGAUAUGCGGUUGGUCUCCUCAGGUGGAAAUACUGGCCCAUAAAGCAGUGGGAGGUUUUGUUUCUCAUUGUGGAUGGAACUCAAUAGUAGAGAGUUUAUGGUUUGGUGUGCCAAUUGUGACAUGGCCAAUGUAUGCAGAGCAACAGCUCAAUGCGUUUCUGAUGGUGAAGGAACUGAAGCUCGCAGUGGAGCUGAAACUCGAUUAUAGUGUACAUAGUGGUGAGAUUGUAAGUGCAAACGAGAUAGAGACAGCGAUUUCUUGUGUAAUGAACAAGGAUAAUAAUGUUGUGAGGAAACGAGUGAUGGAUAUCUCGCAGAUGAUCCAGAGAGCUACGAAGAAUGGUGGAUCUUCGUUUGCCGCAAUUGAGAAAUUCAUACAUGACGUGAUAGGAACCAGGACUUAGCCUUUCUUAUCGGAUUCUCCAUAAACUGUAACCUGAUUAUGCAACAGUCCUUUGAAUCUGCUUUGUUUCUAAUAUUUUUUUCUAUUCUUUUGUCAUCAGCUUUGCUUUUAACUUUGUCUGUGUUGAUUCCUUUAUCUACCAAGCUGUGAGUUUCUUUGUUAGCCAAUGCUGCAUUUCUUCUGUUAUGGAUUUUGUUCAAAAUUGGGUACAUCUCUUAUUCUUU